AUGGAGAAAUCACGAACAAUAGCAGAACUCAAAACCUCCUUCAUUCGAAACCAAAUUCGAAUUCUUUCCGCGUCCAUUGCGCCUCAGGAAGGAUGGAGAGACUUUGCUCCAGAUACAGAGGAUGAUUUGAGUGAUAAGGUCGUCGAGGAAGUUUUACAAAAGUUGAACACGGUUUUAAAGCAGCACAAUCGCGUCGUUUAUUCGAAUCAAGCAAUCCAACACAUUGCGCGACAGAUUGAAAGCUUGCAUUGGGAGUCGGUUAAGAGCGAAAUACUCAAUCCUAAUCGAGGUUCGACGGGAAUAGAAAUUGGCUCGGAUCUAUCGAAUUAUUUAGUCAUUGAGAAACUACCGUCGCAAUACCGUGGAGACGAUGCCUCGCCCGAGAAGAAAGAACGAUACGAAGCCCUCUACAAACGUCUCGUCGCUCUACAUAACAAACGACAAGAAAAACAGAAACAAUUAGCCCAAUAUAAGCAGCUAGAAGCCCUCCUUGAGCCGUUCAAGAAUCCACAGGAAAACAUCCAACCAAAUCUAGUUACAAGAGACGGUGAGUUGGUUCGAGAGAUUGAUAAAAUGCGAAUGUUGGUGGCAAGGGUUGCUGGAAGGGUCAGUAGUAGUCGGGUUGUUCGGACGGGUGAUGAUGGGUCUGAGACAAUUCCUUCUACAGACCAUGAAGAAAGAUUGGCUGCGCUGCUGGAUAUGACUUGA